AUGCCCAGCGCCCGGGCUCUCUCCAGCGGUCGAUGUAGUCUUGCUCUCUCAAAGAUAUUCAUGAGGUCUGCUGCAGAAGCUAGGCUAAGAAGCAUCAGCCAAAGCUGGCAGCAACUCACUGAGAUCAAGUCUCUUCCCGCGUUACGAGAAGCUGUCGACAAAGCCAAUCCUGUCACUACAGAACUACGUUCGGUAUGCUGGAAAGUGUUCCUGCUGUUCAAAAGUCUUGACCAGUCCGAAUGGAAGACAACCCUCUCCGAAUCGCGAAGUACUUAUGAUGCACUUCGAGCACACUUCCUCCGCGCCAUACACAACCCUGAUGAAUUCGAUACUGGACCUGAUCCGCUGAGCGAGACAGAAGAGGACAUCUCGCUAAAUAUCGAAAAGUCGCCUUGGGUAGCUCUCCGCAAGGACGAGGCUCUCCGUACCGAGAUAUUCCAGGAUGUAGAACGCUGCAUGCCCGAGAACUCGUACUUUCGCGAGCCUGGGACUCAGAAAAUGCUUGUUGAUAUACUUUUCAUAUACUGCAAAUUGAACCCAGACGUGGGCUACAGACAGGGCAUGCAUGAAGUUCUGGCACCCAUACUAUGGUCUAUUGAAAGAGACGCCGUUGAUCAGAGGACGAUGUCAUAUGAGCUGUCAAGCCAUGACGAUUUGAUACUAUGUCUACUCGAUUCCAAACAAAUUGAGAACGACACGUUCACUCUCUUUGCUAUUAUAAUGCAGACGGCCAAGUCGUUCUAUGACCCAGGACCUGCCAACCCCAGCAAUUCAUUAUCGACGACUGCAAAUGAAACCGCUAUGCUGCUGCGGGCGAAAAAAAUCUUCGAUGGCGACCUCGCAACUGUCGAUCCGGAACUACAUGACCACCUUCAGCAAUUGGAUAUAGUGCCUCAGAUAUAUCUCAUGCGUUGGAUUCGCCUACUUUUUGGACGAGAAUUCCCAUUUGAUCAAGUCCUGAGCAUUUGGGACCUCCUCUUUGCUGAGGAUCCACAGCUUGAGCUCGUGGACUACAUAUCAGUUGCUAUGCUUCUUCGAAUACGCUGGGAACUCAUUGAGGCCGAUACGAACAUGGCCUUUACAUUGCUUCUCCGGUAUCCAGCUCCUGCCGAGUCAGCCACGAUAUUUGUGCAAGAUGCCCUGAAAUUGCGUGAUAAUCCAACAAGUGCAAUCGCACAUGACAUAGUCUUCGAACGAACGAAGCGAUCGAUGAAUAUAUCAACUUUCAUUAUGCCCCCGCCUCGAUCUCCGUCCACAAGGCCUCGUUCUCCUGCCAAGACACCCGCAAGAUUCGUGACCCAUCCUGGCAGCCUCGAAGCCAUGUUACAGAGUGCUGCCAAAGACGUCUAUAGUCGGAGUCGGAAGAUUGGUCUUAACAAAGCUGUACGAAACGCUGUUGGUGAAGUCAGAAAGAACAUGCAGGAUCUACAGACAAGCCUCACCAAUCCUCGAUCCUCCAGUGAAAUUCGUGCUGAGCUUCCUGAGAACCAGUCCUCGAUGCAACUCAUAGCUAGGGUAUCGGUGCUUGAGGAACGGAACAGGGAGCUCGCGAAGAUGCUUCAAUCCAGUGUCACCGAGCUGUGGGAAUGUCAGGCUCACCGAGCUGAGAAUACCAAAGACGGUGACAAGGACAAGGCUUCACUUGAAGCUCUAAGCAGCGCAAUAGCCAAAGUCCAGUUCGUACAAAUUUACCUGGACGAUACAUCUAUACCCCUGCCUACAUCUGACGCCGAAGUCAUCAGCAGCCCGCCGAGUGGUCCACCCGCCCAACGGUCGCAACUUCCGGUAGAAGACAAGAUUGUUCCUGCGGGGCCUGUCAUGUCUCAGACGCUCCCAAAUUCGUCUACAACAAUUGUUACACCGCCAGUAUCAGGUUUAGCCCCCAUCCCAUUGUCACCAAAAGACAAGCCAUUGUCUACAACGCCGAAAGAUAAGCCAUCACCAGCAUCUCCACCGCCUCGUACUCGUCCGUCAUUGGCUUCGAGUAAUUUCUCUUGGAUGCUAUCACAAGACAGCCAGCCUUCUCGGACUUUCGCAUUGACGACGUCCCCGCAUAGUGGGCCUCCUGAGAAACGGAGCCAUAGAGCUAACGCGUCGUUGACAGGGAAAGGGUUCUUGUUUGGAGACGAGGACGAUGAAGGUGACGUGAAGGACGCCAGUAAGGGCAGGGCAGGGAAGCACACGAAGGAGAGGAACAAGGGUGGAACGUACGACGAGGAUGCGGACGAGGAGAGCAUUGACUUGGGCGCACUUGGUGGCUCGGUGCGGUGA